AUGACUGCAGCCAACACGCUGCCGCAUACCUCGGCCCUCGAGCUCACUGGCGUCCCAGAGGGGGUGCGCGAUGUAGUCGUCGGGCGGCAGUAUCUCGUCUCGCGAGGAGGCGUAGCGCGCCCGGCACGCAUCCUCAACUCGCGCACCGCCAAGCUCGGCGCUCGCGAGGUGUACAUCUCCUUCCCUGGCGAGGACAAGCGGCUCGAUGCUUGGAUUCCGCUCUCUGCAGUGGGAGACGAAGUCGUCGAAGCCGGGCCCAGCAGAGUCGCCCUGCCGCGGCAGGACAGCCAGAACGACUCGCACGCGCCGGGUAGCGAGCGCUCGACGCCGGAGCGCGAGCACGACGCCGUGACGCGCGUGCGCAACUUCGAAGACGUGCGGUUUGGCGAGUACCUCGUCCAGACGUGGUACUACUCGCCAUACCCGAUGCCGGAGAAGAAGGAGGAGGAGGGGCGGGCGCCCGCGCCGCGCGGGCGCAAGCGCAAGUCGGACACGAACGAGCGGAGCGCACACGUGCUCUCGCACGGCGUCGGGCAGGGCGGCGAGGGCGCCCGCGGCCGCCUGUGGGUCUGCGACCUGUGCUUCAAGUACAUGCACACGCGGGCGGGGUGGGAGCGGCACACGGCCGCGUGCGCCCAGAUGCAGCCGCCGGGCCGCAAGGCGUACCGCCGCGGCAGCUAUACUAUUUGGGAAGUGGACGGCGCCGACGCGCAGCUGUACUGCCAGAACCUGAGUUUGUUCGGCAAGCUCUUCAUUGACCACAAAUCCGUGUUCUUCCACGUCGAGAACUUUCUCUUCUAUGUGCUCUGCGAUGCGGCGACGAGUAAGCGCGACCAAGUCAUGGCGUUCUUCAGCAAAGAGAAGACGAGCUACGACGACUACAACCUCGCGUGCAUCGUCACGUUCCCGCCCCACCAGGGCAGGGGGUUCGGCAAGCUCCUCAUCGAGUUCAGCUACUACCUCACGCGCGGCGCGCCGUCCCCAGGAACACCGGAACGCCCCCUGUCCGACCUCGGGCUGAAGGGAUACCUCGCGUUCUGGGUCGCCGUCGUGCUGCGCGUGUGCAGGAGGCUGCUGGCCGACGCCGAGCCCGUGCAGGUCAAGAAGGACGUUGAGGAGGGGCGCUCGCUGCGGAAUCGCAGGCCCGCCGAUGCGACGGACGAGGCCGUGGUCGUUAACGGGAUAGAAAUGACCAAGAGACCACUCGUGCAGAAGGGGCAGUACACCCUCACGACAACGCUGGAGGACCUCGCGCGCGCAUGUCACCUCCGCACAGACGACGUGCAGCUCGUGCUUACCGAGCUCGGGUUCCUGUCCUCGCGGCGUCGUUUGCUGCCCUUGCAGGCGGAGCGUGGCGCGGACAACGACGACGACGACGACGACGACGACGAAGCAGACGAGGACGAACUCGGCGAGUGGCACAACGUCGAGAUUGUUAUCACGCGCGAUGCUGUCGACGAGGCAUGGGCUGCGUGGGGUGUACGUGAGCUGGGCGUACUCGACGAAAAGUACUGCCUGCUGUGA